UGCGUUUGAUUUUAUAUUACUAAACAAAAUUUAUAGAUACGAUUCAGUUAGGCAGUAAUAUGGACGAUUUGGACAAUAAGUGUAACAAAAAUGCAUCCUUCAACUGGGACGAAAUAAGCGUGGGCGAUUACAAUCUGGAUCACUCGCAGAAUUUCUUUGUUGCGUCCGCAAAAGAGGAAAACUUGCGUGCUCCAUUCAACUGCAACAAUGGCCCAAAAGAACAAAUCGAACAGCAUCAGGAACCGGAGCAGAAGAAGAAACAAUCUCCAUGCCAGCAGCAGCACCAAGAGCAGCAGUUACUUCCCAUAAUCAAAAAGGAAUCUGUCUCACCUCCAACAGUUUGUCCAGGUGCUGGCGCCGCUUCAAUAGAACAAAAUCAACAUCAAUUCUGCAUGCAGGAACUGCAGAACCAAGUGAAGCUGCCAUUGACUCCACCUAAAAAACAGUUGGAGGUACCCACAAACCAGAUAGACAACAAUCAAGAAGAGUGGUCGCGUGGAGUGGUCAAGUCGAGGCCGCAACUUAAGCUGAUGUGGACACCUUGUGCAAAGGGUGCCAAUGGUGCCGAUGGUGGUGGUGCUGCCGGUUUGGGCACUCCCCGGGCCUACCGAUUCAAGGAUAUGUACAAGGCCAAAAGGGAGAUGGCCGAACAACAGCGCAACGAGGAGGAACGGAAGGCACGCGAAUUUCACAGCAAUCCGGUGCCAAACUUUCGUGCCAUGCACAAGCGAAUUGCGGAGACUAUUGUGAUUCAUAGGAUCACAGUUCCCGUCACGCCCGAAACCGUAAAGCACUCGAAGAAAUGGAAAGAGCAACAAUGCAUACAGGCAGCCAAAGAGGUUGAGGAUGAGAAGCCAAUGAGCGUGGCCCAAAAAAAUACGAAACCGAAGCCGUUUAAUCUACGUACGGAGCAGCGUAUGCGGGAUCGUCGUGAAUUCGAUGAUAAUGUCAAGGAGAAUCAUCAGUUGAAGAAGAAGAAGUCACUUAGCGCCACUUUCGCUACAAGCCAAGCACUCAAAUCACAAACAAACAAAAUGGUUGAUCGCCUUGUCAACUCGGAAUUGAACACACGUCGGAUAGCGUCUGUGGAGAGUUGCUUUGGCAGCUCGGGUGUACCGUUAGCGGUGCCCGGCCGCGUCCUCGUCGGCGAGGGUGUCUUAACGAAAAUGUGCCGCAAACGUCCCAAAUCCCGUCAAUUCUUUCUAUUCAACGAUAUACUUGUCUACGGCAACAUUGUCAUCGGUAAGAAGAAGUACAACAAACAGCACAUUAUGCCACUCGAGGAGGUAUCGCUGGAGUCGAUAGCGGACAAUCAGCAGUAUCGGAAUGGUUGGUAUAUACGCACCACAACCAAAUCGUUUGUGGUGUAUGCGGCGACAAGCACCGAGAAACAGGAAUGGAUGGCGCACAUCAACAAGUGUGUGGAGGAUUUGUUGCGGAAGAGCGGCAAGAAACCGGUGGAGAAUCAUGCCGCUGUUUGGGUGCCCGAUGCGGAGGCAAGCAUUUGUAUGCGCUGCAAGAAGACACAAUUUACGUUUGUGCAGCGGCGUCAUCAUUGUCGCAAUUGUGGCGCCGUCGUCUGUGCCGCCUGCUCCUCGAAGAAGUUCCUGCUGCCGCAGCAAAGUGGCAAAGCGUUGCGCGUCUGCGAUGCCUGCUACGAGACGCUGCGGCAUACCACAUCUGGCCCGGCCGGCAGCAGCAGCACCGCUGGUAGCGCUGCCGGCAGCAAAUUGAAUGCGAGCGGUGCCGCCGCUGCUGCUGCUGCGUCCAACGAUAGCUCCAAUGAUGAUGACACGGAUGAGGACACCGCCUCACCGCCCGCCGAGGGCCACGAUGAGCCGCGCUUCUAUGGCGACAAUAGCACACUGUCCGCCCAGGACGAAUCGAUCGGUGGAGGCAGCACUGCUCUCUCCAGUCCAACAGCUGCUGCUGCAACAGGUGCAACUGUUGCAAGUGCAACACCAGCAACGGCUUCCUCCGUCUCAAAUAACAAUUGUUGAACAAACAAACAGCAACACCAACAACAUAAAAAGAAAAGAAUAAAAUAACUCCCCAAAAGACGAUAACGGAUAUGAGACACACACUGGAUGUGGGACUGGAUCAGUGCUCGACGACGAACUUAAGCAGCAGGAGUUGGAUGAACGAAAGGAACUGCGCAAGAGGACGGAGU